GUGACACUGUCCACCAUCGUUGUUUAUUUGUAUUCCACCCGGCUUUAUCGUCGAAAUGGAGCGUGUUGUGAAGUAGCAAACGUAACCCGAAUCGAAUUCCUGAGCUAACACGCGAAGAAUGAUCCACCGACAGGUUAUAUUAUCUCAGGUGUUGGUCUGCUUUGGGUUGACUGAUCAUAAUGCUGAUGCAGCUCUGUAGUAUCAAGAAUCUGUACCAAAAUCGGUUGCUGGGGCUGGCAGCCAUGGCAUCGCCGACCCGCAGUGGUCAGACCCGCCAGCGCUCCAAAGAUCGUCACAGCUGCGGCCCAGAAACCUACGCUGUGAAUGGGCUGAACCCGGAGGCCUUCAUGCUGGGUCUGCCACGAUCGACCAGCGACACGGAUCUGGUGUCCCCGGACGCCCGCUCCACUCUCACCAUCAGCGCCUCUCACUACACCAUCGGCCAGUCGGAAGACCUGCUCAUCACGUGGGACAUCAAGGAGGAGGUGGAUGCUGGGGACUGGAUUGGAAUGUAUCAAGUUGACGAGCCUCUGUCGGAAAACUUCCUGGACUACAAGAACAGAGGGAUUAAUGGGUCUCACAAAGGACAGAUAGUUUGGAAGGUUGAUUGCAGUUCCCAUUUCAGUGAACCUGAGACCCAGGUCUGCUUCCGGUACUACCAUGGUGUCACCGGUGCUCUUCGAGCCACAACGCCCAGCGUGACCAUCAAGAAGAGCUCUGCUCCUGUAUUAAAGCCUGUAAUUAGUCCAGAGGUCAACAAUGGAUUGGGCAACAGGAGACUUAUUAACUUCUCACUGUCAGACAUCCAGGCAGUCGGCUUGAAGAAAGGAAUGUUUUUCAAUCCGGAUCCAUAUCUGAAGCUUUCCAUCCAACCCGGGAAACACAGCAUCUUCCCCUCGCUUCCCCAUCACGGCCAGGAGAAGCGCUCCAGAGUGGUCUGCAACACCAUCAACCCACAGUGGAGCACAGAGGGAUUCCACUUUGUUUCCCUACCAACUGAUGUGCUGGAGAUCGAGGUGAAAGAUAAAUUUGCCAAAAGCCGCCCCAUCAUCAAGCGCUUCCUUGGGAGGCUGUCCGUCCCUGUGCAGAGGCUACUGGAGAAACACGCCAUUGGGGAUCGUGUCGUGAGCUACACGCUGGGUCGCAGACUACCAACAGAUCAUGUGUGUGGUCAGCUGCAGUUCCGCUUUGAGCUCACCUCUUCUAUUCACCCAGAUGAUGAAGAGAUCUCCCUGGUCAUCGAACAAGCGGCGCCAGCUGAACGAAACGCGACAGAUGACAGCCCAGCUGCUCACGCUCCAGAGGAUGACACACUCAGCGUUGGGCCGGAAAUGCCAGACCUCCCUCUGGAUGCGCCUCCUGACCCUGACUGUUCUACCCCAUUAGCUUCCACACCUGGUGUCCUCCAACCGCCUGAACUGGAGGAAACAGGGGAGCAAGAGGAGGAGAACACAGUGAGGGAGGAGCCUGCAAGUCCGCAGGUGGAAGUGGAAGGAGAGAAUGGAUGGCUGGUUGAUGAGGAAGGGAGCAAGGAAGAGGAGCAGGAUGAGGCAGCACAGGUGGAGAAUGAAUGUGUUCCUCAAACACAAGAGCCGGGAGAAGCGAAAGAUGAGGGACAGGAAGCACAGCCGGUGCCUGAGAGCAGCACGCAUGUGGCCGGGAGUAGUAACACUGAGGCUCCAACAACAGACGGGGAGAGUCAGGAUCAGGAUUCCACUGUUCAAACCGGAGAGGAAGCUCCAAAGGAAUUCACAGAAGGUGAACCGAGCAGCUCCCCCUGUGCCUGUCAAUCCCUCUUCACACAUUACAAAUCUCAAGGCUCUUCGCGGCGUAAAAACAGGCCGUGCUCUCUGCCGGUGUCAGAGCUGGAAACAGUGAUUGCAUCUGCUUGCGGCGAGCCAGAGACUCCGCGAUCGCAUUACAUCCGCAUCCACCAUCUGCUCCACAGCCUUCCAUCUGCACAACAGAGACCCCCCAGCCAGGAGGAAGAGGAGGGCGGAGAAAACUCCAGCACUUCUCUGGACCACUCCUCCAUUUCCCCAACUGUUAAGAACUCUAAAGACAUCGAAGUGGGGCCUGAGGAGGAGGACGAGGAAGAUACAACCCAGUCACCAACUCAGGUCCCAGAGUGUCCAGGCCCCUGCUGCUGUCGCUCUCUUCCACGAAGUCUCUCCAUUGAGCGCCUCUCAGAGUUAAACCAGCUCUUGGAAGGUAGCGGAGGAGGAGGAGGACCUACAGCAGUGAGGAGGACAUCCCUUUCCUGCAUUGAGAGCGAAGAGGGCGACUCCAGCAACGCAGUCGGAAGACGAACCGGAGGAAGCAGCCACAGGCCCGCUGGUGAACCGGAAUGCGAGUUCUGCGACACCUCUUGCUACAGCACUUCCUGCUACAGCACCUCCUGUUACAGCACCUCCUGUUACAGCAACUCGGGGUACGACGGAAGGGGGCGCGUCUGCAGCCACACCAGACUCUCCUCGGUGGACAGCAACCGGCUGUCUGGCAGCACAGUGUUCUCCUCUCAGGAUGAGGAGGAGGAUGAGGAGAGCGCCUUCGAGUCGACUCCAGAUGCCGGCCAGAGCCAGGAGGCUGGCAGGGCAGGAGGGGAGAGGAGGGCGGGGAGAUGGAAGGAGGUCAGGAGAGGAGAGCCAGUGGAGCCUGAAGCAGCAGGGUCGAGCUCUGGAGACAACAUAGGCCUGUCACCUCCCGUCGGUCAUCCUCCAGUCCUUCGACCAAGCCUUGACCUUAACCAUUUCCCUGCUGCCACUGACCAAGUCUUACCUCCAAACUGGGAAGCUCGCGUGGACAGUCACGGCAGGGUUUUCUACGUAGACCAUGUCAACAGGACCACCACCUGGCAGAGACCCAGUCACACUGGCAAGUGCAGUCACGGAAUCCCUCGAUCCGGAUCCACCCAGCAGAUGGAGCAGCUCAACAGGAGGUACCAGAGUAUUCAGAGAACCAUGGCCACCGAGGAGGAGGGAGGCAAUCAGAGGUUGGAGCGGAGUUGCAGCACAGAAAAUGAAUCGGAUUCUCCACCUCCUGGUCCCGCCUCUCCUGUCAAUCACCAAAAGAUCAGCCAUCUCCUCCAGUCACCUGCAGUCAAGUUCAUCACUCACCCAGAGUUCUUCACGUUGUUACACAAUAACUAUUCGGCUUAUCGGAUGUUCACCACCAGCAGUUGUGUGAAGCACAUGAUCCUGAAAGUGCGCAGAGAUGCGAAGAACUUCGAGCGCUAUCAACACAACCGAGACCUGGUGGUCUUCCUCAACAAAUUCGCUGACACACAACUGGAGCUGCCGAGAGGGUGGGAGAUCAAGACUGACCUGCAGGGGAAGUCUUUCUUCGUGGACCACAACAGUCGAGCCACAACCUUUAUCGAUCCUCGAAUCCCGCUUCAGAAUGGCCGCCUGCCAGGACACCUCGCUCAUAGGCAGCACCUACAAAGACUGCGCAGCUACAGUGCUGGAGAGGCCUCUGACGUGUCCCGGACUCGUGGUGCCUCUCUCAUGGCCAGACCUGGCAACAGCCUGGUUGCUUCUAUUCGGAGUCAGCAUCAAGCGGACGUGCAGCAGCUGUCAGCGCCGACUUACAAUGACAAAAUAGUGGCGUUCCUUCGGCAGCCCAACAUUUUCGACAUGCUGCAGGAGAGGCAGCCCAGUCUGAGUAGGAACCACGCACUCAGGGAGAAAAUCCACUACAUCAGGACGGAAGGAACGCAGGGGGUGGAGAAGUUAUCGUGUGAUGCAGAUCUGGUCAUCUUGUUGAGUUUAUUCGAAGAGGAGAUCAUGUCUUAUAUUCCUCCUCACCCCAUUCACCAUGGCUUCAGUUUCUCGCCUCGCUGCUCACCAGCCUCAUCGCCUCAGAACUCACCCGGCCUCCAGAGAGCCAGAGCUCCUGCUCCGUAUCGUAGAGACUUCGAGGCCAAACUCAGAAACUUCUACAGGAAACUGGAGGCGAAGGGCUACGGCCAGGGACCCGGCAAAAUCAAGCUGUUGAUACGAAGAGAACAUCUGCUCGAAGGAACCUUUAACCAGGUGAUGGCUUAUUCCCGCAAAGAGCUGCAGCGGAACAAACUCUACGUCACUUUUCUGGGAGAGGAAGGGUUAGACUACAGUGGUCCAUCCAGAGAGUUCUUCUUCCUUCUGUCUCAGGAACUUUUCAAUCCUUACUACGGCCUCUUUGAGUACUCCGCCAACGACACCUACACGGUCCAAAUAAGCCCGAUGUCAGCCUUCGUGGAGAAUCAUCUGGAAUGGUUCCGGUUCAGCGGUCGUAUUCUGGGACUGGCUCUGAUUCAUCAAUACCUGCUCGAUGCAUUCUUCACCCGGCCGUUCUACAAAGCUCUGCUUCGACUGCCGACCGACCUCUCUGAUCUGGAGUACCUAGACGAGGAGUUCCAUCAAUCCCUGCAGUGGAUGAAGGACAACGACAUCACCGACAUCCUAGACCUCACAUUUACUGUCAACGAGGAGGUCUUCGGCCAGGUAACAGAGCGGGAGCUUAAAUCUGGCGGCUCCAACCUUCAAGUAACCGAGAAGAACAAGAAGGAUUAUAUUGAGCGAAUGGCCAAGUGGAGGGUGGAGAGGGGAGUGGUCCAGCAGACAGAGGCGCUGGUCAGAGGUUUCUACGAGGUUGUGGACUCCCGGCUGGUGUCCGUGUUUGACGCCCGGGAACUGGAGCUGGUCAUUGCUGGCACAGUAGAGAUCGACCUGAGUGACUGGAGGACUAACACUGAGUACAGAGGAGGUUAUCACGACGGACACAUUGUCAUGCGUUGGUUCUGGGCUGCUGUCGAGCGAUUCAACAACGAACAGCGCCUUCGGCUGCUGCAGUUUGUGACCGGGACAUCCAGCGUGCCGUACGAAGGCUUCGCUGCCCUGCGGGGAUCCAAUGGACUCCGGCGUUUCUGUAUUGAGAAAUGGGGGAAAGUGACGUCGCUCCCCAGGGCUCAUACGUGCUUCAAUCGUCUGGAUCUGCCUCCCUACCCUUCAUACACCAUGCUGUAUGAUAAACUUCUGACUGCUGUGGAGGAAACCAGCACCUUUGGCCUGGAGUAGUCAUGUUCUACAGUGAGAGAGAAAAGGUCUGAUAAUGGCAACAUUUGUCAGAGACUCUUGGUUAAUUCAUCGCUGCUGGUCCUGUUGUAGUGACUCGCUCCAGGGGCCAAUAGAGGGGACCUAGAUCUGAUGUUGAGACAGUGUCACUGUUGAUUUAUAUGACUGGAACCAGAGGGUUGCUACAGCGGGGUGCUUCUAUGAUUCACAUUUCAAACAGAGUUGAAAAAACUGAAGUGACACUAACAGCAUUGUGAGCAGACAAGCGUCAGUGUCUGCAGUAAACAAGUUCAAAGAUCGGGCUGUGUCUUUAAGCGGGUACUGAAAAUCUGAUGGUUUGGGAUGGACCGGCAUUAAUACCAGAGGAAGUGGUCAAAUUCAAAACUUUCCAAACCAGAUGUUCAAGGAUAGGAGUGUAAAAAAAUCAUGGGAAGUAAAAGGAAAUGUAGCCAUGUAACUUUUAAAUAGGUUGCCUAAGAAAUCAGUGGGACAUCCAAGCAACAAAAACACUAUUCUAUGGCACGAAAGAGCACUUUUAGUUUGCAAAGUAAGUCUUUGUCACUAUUGAAGUAUUAAUUGGUUCACUGGAUCCAAGAGUAAUUCAUAUUUUAAGGUGUCAGGUGGAGAGUUCAAAGGGUCAUAUAAAGUAACCUAUGCAUAUAGCAGUCUAAUAUUGGUGCAGUGAUGGAUUGGAAUGCAAUUUCCAAGAAUAUAAAAUAUACUGUAUCUAUAAUUUAUUAUGGCUUUCUAAUAGUAUUCUUAAUCCAGAUGACAAACUCUAUUUAAAAUGUAACUCACUUGGGUAGCAUCAAAGAGUUCAAACGAUAUGCUGGUUGAAGUCUAUCAAUCACUAAUGAUGCAGCGUGUAUAGAAUAUAGAAUUCUCUGGCAGGAUGUAUUGUUUCUAAAUACACAUCUGACUGUGUUGAUUCACAAUAAUGCCAAAGAACAAUCAGGAGGGAUGAUAAAGACGAGGCUGAGGCGACUCAUUGGAUUUAAUCUGAUGUCUCGAUAUGGAAGCGAAUGCAAUGCUCUUCAUGUGGAGAAUAUUCACACAUAGAACACAAGAAGGAAUCAACUGAAGAAGAUAGAACAUAAAUCCACUGACUGUUUUCAUAUGAUUUGUAAAAAUAAGAUUCAUUUAUUGCCCUGAGAUCAGGCUUUUAAAACUUUGGUUCCAUGUGAAUACAUCACAGUAGAUGUCGGUGAGAAUGUAUAUAGGUGUGUGGUUGGCGAGUGACGUGAAGACACAGCAGUAGCUCACAAGAGGGACCCUGAACCAUUGUGAUGUAAAAUGAAUUUAAACCUGGCCUGGGAUUUAUCGAAAGUUGAAAUUAUGUCCGUGAGGAACAUAAAUGUUUGAGGGACGAGAUGAAGAAUUCUCGAAUACGUUCAGGUUCCUCCAACCUUCAUACAUUUGAGUCACUUAUUUCCACUUAUUUUCCUCCUAUUCCCAAAUGUCUGUUCAAUAAUCACAAUCUACAAGGUGUAACAAAUGAUACAAGUGACUCAGCAGGAGGUUUUGAUCUCCAAGUGUGGCUGCAAUCCAGGAAGGACUUGGGCCUGCGGAGCAGCUGGACCAGACCUUUCUCUGUUCAGUUGUGACAGUGAAGUCACAGCUCACAUAAGUAGCCAUAAACUCCACCCAAGGGCUCCUGCUGUGAACUUGAAUCCUUGAAAACGGGAACUUACCAAGGACAAAACCUUCAGCAUCUUUGGUCUGAAUGGGAGUGGCAUGUGCUCACAUUCAAGUCUUCCACUGAUCCUUCUAAAGAAACUGAAUGUCAGCUACCGCCGUUGGUGUUGGUCUUUGCAUGGAGCAGGUUCUCCAACCACCAAACCUUUACUGUGUCUCCCAGACAAAAGCCGCAUGCGGGUCACUGCAGAACUGACCGCUUUGUUAUCAACUUUUUCGGGGUCGCCUUGGGCUAAUCAGUGUAAUGUAUGCAAUUGUUCAAGAGCCCGACCCAUUCGUGCUUUUUCCACGGACUGCAGCGACCCCCCCUUCGAUGUCUCUUCACUGGGAAUGAAGCCGUGCCUCAGUUGAUCAACGCCUCAUACUGUUUGUGGCCUGUGGUGUUGUGGUUAUGUUAUUACACAUACGCCUUGGUUCUUUUCUGAGCAUGUUCUUGUCAUAUCACGUAUUAGACUUCCAUCGAGUGGAGCAUUCUGGGUGUCAAAGUUGCGGUUGUGUUGAGUCUUAAAAGCUUGUCUCAACAUCCUCCUGCAAAGGAAACUUAAGCCAAAAAAUAUCACAUAUCUCAUGGAGGUGUCUUUGGAUCCAUAGUUCGGAAUCGUGGUAUAAAAAAAGGACACAGACAAUCAGUGUAGUGGAUACGUGGUGUAACAUCUCACUGUUAUUUCAGUUAUGUUCUCUGUGUUUGUUUAAAAAAAAUCAUCCCACAAAAUGUGUAAAUGUUACGCUCCAGUUCUGUUCUCAAGUGGAUUCUUCAAAUCCUCCAGUAAGUUUUGAUUUCUUUGUCUUCUGCUUGAUCACACAACUGAAUUUAUGUUUGCUCCUUAUGAUUCUUAUAAAAACACAUCUGCAACUGUCCAAUUUCAACUGUCUAAGUCAUGAAGAUGGACUGUGUUUUGUUGAUGAUGCAGUUGUUUUGGCUUCAUCUUCUCCUCUCAAAAACUACAGUUGUGUGUGUGAAGCUUUAGCACUGAGGGUCUGCACCUCCAAAUCUUGGGGGGUGAGGGGUGGUGUUGUAUUACACGACCACCCAAGACCUAGUGAUGGGUAGAUGAGGUUUCAUGACUUGCUGCAGUGUUCCAACUAAUUCAAAAACAUCAUGUCAUUUACUAACCAAGAGCCCCAUCUAGUGGCCUCUGAAAUUAGGGCACUGUUUCAUCAACCCUGCAAUAAUAUUUCAUGAUACUUCAUCUACCCAUCACUUCCAAGACCAAGACUGAGUCAGGUCCAAGACCAAUGAGGGAGGAAAGACCAAGACCAGACUGAAGUCUGUUAGCCAUGUAGACACACUAAUUCAUUUCUUACUGCAAAACAAAAUAAAUCACGAUCUGAAAUGCUGUUAUUGGAACUAACUAUUAGUUUGGUCUUGGUCUUGACCCCCGUCACUGGUCUUGGUUUUGGACUCAGUCUCGGGUGAGGUGGUCUCGACAACGGCACUAGAGAGGUGACACAAGUGUGAUCAUGAGUUAGAAUCAUUCCUAAUCUCACUCAUCACGCAGAGAAUGAAAGCGAAAAUAGAACCAAAAGUUGUUUCUAAGACUGGUGAAGUGCAGCUGUCUGUCAGAAACUAACUACGAUUGAAGCCACCACUGUUUUGUGUUGGAUGCAGUGUUCAUUUACACAGUAUCCAUGCUGCCUGAAUCUGGCAACUUUUUAAAACGCUAGGCUCUUUCGACGCCAACUUCAUCGCCAUGUAUGUGCACCACCGGAAAAGGUGCCAAUUGUAGAAUUCUAUUUUUAUGUUUUGCCUCGACAAGCCAUGAGCGGGGAGAUACUCAAGAGACGAGAAGAGACAAUGCCAAUGUAUUAGUUGAUGACAUUAUUUUAAUUUAAUGAAUCUAAUAUUGUCUCUGAGGGGAAACCAGCCGGGGUUAGAUUUGGAAAAGUCCAGAAUAACAGUAGGAAAUGCCAACGUGCUGAAGAUACUAUAAAUGUACAUCUUAUGAUAUAAAGUGAGACCAGGAUGAUCAUUUGUUUGGGAUAAGUGUGUGUGCAGUUAAGAGUUGCAACUUGUUUUAGAUGUGUUUGAAUGUUAAUAUUGGUGACACACAAAGGUUUGAUUAUCAUUGUCAAUAUUUGUCCACAUACAUCAUCGAUACAGAAACGGGUUCUCAAUUAAACACAGUGGGGACAAACUAUUUCCGGUAUUGUAUCAGUUCUGUGAUAAUUCAGUUAAUUUCACUAAUGCCUUUUUUUGUGCAGAGUGACUGAAGCGCGGUUGCAAUAACACAUCUGGUCUACAUCUGUAUAUUUAAACUCAUGAGACAUUUUCACCUCCAGGAAGCAUCUGUUGCCAUUCAGACUCCAAAGACACUUUUGGUUCAGAGCAAACUUUCAAUCGCAUUUCUGAACACGUCCGAAUAAAAACGUGCGGCGCAUCCAUUAGAAAAAAAACUUUUAUUAUAUUCUGUAAAGUACGGAAUUUGUGCCCCAUUUUUUUAAACAAAUAUUUUAUACUGUUAUUUAUACUUUAUUGCACUACUGGAAUCUUCGUUUGAUGCUAUGAAAGGAGUCAUAUUUUGCCUUCACUUUUGAUAUUUAUGCAUUUUAUAUUAUACAUACUUUGCUUGAUGGUUGCUCAGUGGGAGUGUGUAUCAUUAUCACAAGAAAUCCAACCAAUGCUGUUUUCAUUUUUGGACAUUUUAUAACCAGUCGGUGCAUGAAGACAGCCAACCCUCCAUGUUUUGGUCAUUGCACUGACAUUAAUACACAAAAAAGAUAUGUAUUAUGUUUUAAAUAUAUUUAAGAAUUGUCUUGGAAAGAUUUUAAAAAAAGGUCAUUGAAUUUGUUGAGAAAGUAAAGAUGGUGUUGUUGGUAUUUGCAAUUGUGAAAUAUAUGUCUAUUUUUAAGGGGGAAAAGUGAAACUAAGAAGAUGUGGUCAGGUCAAGUUUUGGAGGGGACACUGAAGCAUGAGUUUUUAUUGUUUUGUGUGUUAAAUUAUUAUGAUGUUCUCAGGCUGUGCAGUCGCUCCAAUGUACC